CGGGUUUUACAGCGUUUCGAGCAAAAAACCGCCAGGGGCCGUACGAAGCUUGGCACUGGCCUCUGAGCAGCAAUACUGAUUGCGCCUGAACCUUAGAGCAUCGCUGCGGCGCCUGACGAGCCGUCGCACCGCUUGGUCAAGCAAGCUCUCUGCGCAGCGCGCCUCCAGCGGUGCGCGAGCGCAUGUGGCAAGACCAGCAGACCAAGCCAGGCCAAGCACUAAUUGUCGUCGUCGCGUUGUUUGCACUAGCCGCGACCGCUACCACCAUCAUGUCCGCGCACGUGGAGUCGACAAAGACGGAGGUUAUCCUCGUGCGCCACGGCGAGUGCGAGAUGAAUCUAGAGGUCGCGGAUAAAGUCGGAGGCCGCGCCAGCGCGUCGCCGCUCACGGCAAAGGGCGAAGCGCAAGCGUCGAAAUUAGGCCGCUGGCUGCGCUCGCGCGGUGUGCGCUUUGACCGCGUCGUCGCGUCGACGGCCGUGCGGGCCACGCGCACCGCCCAGCUGAUGCUCGCCGAGCUGGAAAAUCCGCCGCAGCUGGAACUCGAGGCCUCUUUGGAGGAAAUGUCGCAGGGCGAAUGGGAGGGACAGCCGCGCAGCGAGUGCUACACCGCGAAGACAGUCGCCGAGAUUGAUGAGGAUCCGCGCGGCUUCGCCGCUCCGGGCGGCGAGUCGAAGGCAGACGUCGAGGCGCGUGCGGUUCAGGCGAUCGAAAAGUAUGCGCGCGACGGCGAGAAAACCGCCGUCGUGAUGCACGGCAUCGUCGCCAAGUGCUUCCUGCGCCACGUGCUCAAAAGCGACUGGGCGUCGCUGCACGAGGUUGCCCUGGAGAAUACCGGGCUGAUGCGCUUCGCCCGGAAGGGAUCGGGCCACUGGCGCGUCGAGUCCGUCAACGAGACGCCGCAUUUGUGUGACGACUUGUAACUUCAC